CUUUAAAUGAAUAUUAUGUAAAGUUAAUCAUCAUGUCAAUCAAAGCUCUUGAUAAAUUCACCGUGAAGAAGUUAACUACUGCUCAAGUAAUAACAUCUAUAUAUAGUGUUGUAAAAGAACUUGUUGAAAAUGCCCUAGAUGCUGAUGCCAACCACAUUGAGGUUAUCUUGCAAGAAAAAGGAUUGUCUUAUAUUGAAGUAAGGGAUAAUGGAAAAGGUAUUGCUCCAGUUGAUGCUCCAUUUAUGGGUUUACAAGCUUAUACUUCAAAGCUCAUCAGCUUUGAUGAUUUAGAUUCAUUAGAGUCUUAUGGAUUCAGAGGUGAAGCUCUCAGUGCCCUUUGCAGAGUUUCUAAUGUAAAAAUAAUCACCAGGACAAAUUCAGAUGAUGCAGCAAGAAGCUACACCUUGGAUCUUAAUGGAACAAUUGAAACAAUUGAAUUUUCACAUAGAUCUAUUGGAACAACCGUUCGAGUGGAGAAUCUUUUUAAAAAUUAUCCAGUCAGACGACAAUCAAUUAGUAAUUCAAAAAAAAUUAAUCAAGAAAUGAAAGAUAUUGAAGAACUACUUAAAGACUAUGGCAUAUGUCGUCCAGAAGUACGGUUCAGUUAUGUGGUUGAUAAUUUAUCCAUUUUUUCCAAAUUUCCUAAAAGUACUUACAAAGAAUGUUUAAAUGAAAUUUAUGGAGCAAAAGUUAUUUUCAACUAUGAAUUUUUAAACUUUGAAGAAGAUAAUAUUUUUGUUGAAUUAGCGAUUCCAAAAAAAGAUUUAACAGAUUUAACUCAUAUUUCUCAUUUAAAUUUUGCACAUAUUUCUGUCAACGCCAGGCCAAUUAAAUUCAAAGAAUUUAAAGAUCUCAUUAUGAAAUUAUUAUCUCAGCAUUUUGAUGCUAAAAUAUCACAAAGGAAGAAACCAUUAUUUUUUCUAAAAAUGAAAGUACCAUAUUCUUAUGUAGAUAUUAAUUUAGAACCGAAUAAAACAGCGAUUUUGUUAAAAAAUAAGUCAGAGAUAUUAGAUAUAGUAACAAAGUUGUUGGUCGACUAUUAUACUCUUGAAGUAGAAUGUGAAAAAGAUGAUAAUACUUCAAUUACAGGAACUCCAGCUUAUUUUGAUACUUUAAAUGAUAGUGUUACUGAAGAUGAAGAAGUUGCAAACAAAAAAAGAAAAUCCACUAAUGAGAAUAAAGCACCAAAAACUAAAAAACGCAAAUCCAAAGAUAAUGAUACUAAUAAAGAAAACAAUAUUGAUAAUGACCUUGAAAUAUCUGAAAUUAAUACCGACCCCAACAAAGAACCGUCUCUACCAUCAAAUGAACCACUCAGUCAAUUACCUAAAGUAGAUUUAGGUGAAGAUUUUAGUACUCAAGAAAUUAGACACAUUCCAGAAUUGAAUUCACUAGAAGUUGAUGAUAUCAUGCGAAAAAUGAUUUUAAGUAAAUUGAACAAAGACAUAAAUCGUGAUACAGAGAGUGAUAAAGUUACAAGUUUAGAUAAAGAACAAGUGAAUAUGGAGUUAGAUAAUAUUCCAGAAAUACUAUCACAAGCUUUGGAGGAAAAUACUAAAGAUGAAAGUGAAUUUAAAUCACCAGAGAAAAUAACAGAGGAACAAUGGAGUAAAGGUCAUUGUUUAAAAUUACAGGGAGGAACUACUAUUGGUAUCAGUCGUCCAAGUGGCGAAAAAGCAAAAAAGUCUAAAUCACAACUAAAUAAAACUACACCAACUAAGAAAAAUCUUGAAUCAAUAGGGUUUUCAAAAUUUUGUCAAAUAACUCGAGAAAGACUCUUAGAAAAAAAUCCAAAAAUGAAUUCAGUAGAAUUAGCAAAAGAAAUAUCAAAAGAAUGGAAGCAUUUAGACUCCGAAGAACGUCAGUACUUUCGAGAUUUAGGUAGAAAAGAGAAUCUAUCACUAUCAAUAACUAGUGAUUUAAAUAAAAGCUCAAAGAAAAAAACGGUUUCGCCAUUAACUCGUGAAAAAAAUAAAAGCAGACUUUUACAACUAAUAGAGAAUGGAAAAAAGUAUAGUGAAGCAAAGAAAACUGAAGCUUCAAAUAAAACCACCAAAACUAUUAUUCCAUGGGAUGUCACUAUGAAUAAAGUUCGAGAGUAUUGUUAUUUAAAAUCCCAAAAUAUUGAAAAAAAUAAAAAAACUGUUAUUGGACAAUUGAAAGAAAAUGUUUGGAUUGUUAAUUUAAAUAGUCAGAUAUGGUUGUUGAAUUCAUUACAACUUUUUAAUCAAUUGAGUCUGUCAGAAUCAGAAAAUAUAACGAGAAAAGAUACAUCAGACAUUAUAGAAACUUAUCUGAAACGUUGGCUUCAUGAAAAGGAUGAUAUGAGUCUGUUGCACCCAAUAUUUAAUCUCAAUUGAACCAAUCAAUUUACGAAAUAAAUGCACUAAUACAUUUAUUUCUUUGUUAAUCUAAAAUUGAUUAAUAAUUAUCUAUUUUUAAUCAUAUGUUUAUUACUUUUACAAAAUACGCAGUCUCAAAAAUGAAUUUCGAUUGAAGUAAAUAACAACCUUAUUUACGUUUAGAAACAUUAAUGUUUUUAUUGUGAAGUCCAAUCACUGAGUAAAUUAUAAAAUGCGUAAUGCAUUUGUUGUUUAUGUUUGCAAAUUAUAUGCAUAUAAUCUCACGUGGUAUUUGAAUAGUUGAAAUAACAUAAACAAAUAGUGGAGGCAGUAGUUAACAAUAUUGAUUCGCAGAAUAGAAUGUUUUUCACCGAUUGAAAUGAACGCAUAUGAGUAUGAAACCAUUCAAACUCAUGCCAAGAAUGUUCGUCAUCACAAUAUCGCGCGAUACUAUUUACGAAUCAUAUCAGCCAAAACUGCAUACUUUACCAAUAUAGAUGAAACUAUAAAAGAGGCUUUAUUUUGUUUUGAUACUCAGUCAAGUAAAACAACGCUCUUUUAAAAAACCUUAA